AUUACUCAAAGAUCGGAACACAGGGCUUGUCGUGGGUUAUUGCAGGUUAUGGUCACGAUUGCGUCAGAAGCAUGAGGGUGCGAUGACUAUGUACUCGCACCAUUGCACGUGUAACUCGUCCUAUAAAAGAAAGAAGAAGCAGCACGUGUAAUUCGUUCCUACCUACGAUUAAUUAGGAUAAGGACGUUCUUGAUAAGGUGACAAGGAAAAAAGACUGAACGAAUGAGGUCUAACGUGUGCUCAUUCGUCGUACGUUCGUUGACUUUACAAUGUCACAUUAUAAAGCAUAACUAUCGAACGUUGCUACCAUCGCUCUUCCUGGUCGGGCACAACUUUCGGCGAAACCUGUCGAUUCCCAAGCGAUUCUCAUCGUCUCGCUACAAUCAGAUCAUGCCGCGCUCCGUCGAGCAUAUGCUCGGCAUGCAAAGGAUGAGGCAGAAGAUUAAGGAAAAGUCGGCAAAGUAUAUCGGCAACACGAAGGUGUCGUUGCAGAUUCUGGGCAGUGGAGCCUAUGGCACAUCACGAUGCGUUUACCUGACGGCCGGUCACACCAGGUACAUCUUCAACUGUGGUGAGGGCACACAGAGGCUGGCGUAUGAGCACAAGUACAAGCUGAUCAAGCUGGAGCAUGUGUUCAUCACGUCGGCGACCUGGAGCAACUUGGGUGGCAUGCCAGGGAUGCUGUUGACGAUACAGGAUGCCGGGGUCCCAAAGAUGAACGUGCACGCGCCUAAGGGGACGAUGGAGAUAUUCAACACGAUCAAGAAAAUUGUGCUGCUGCCGAUUCUGAAGAUUCACGAGGCCAAGUGUGACGAAUCAGAGCCGUAUGUAGAUCCAGUGAUGUCCGUCUCGUAUGUUUGCAUUACAAAACCAGAUGUGCAGAAAGCAGAGCCUAUUGAUGUAGGUGAGGAGGUGGUCGAUAACAUCAACUACUAUGACUAUAACAAUAAGAUCAAUUCGAAUGGCAAACGAGUAUCUGAUAGGACAGUGGAGAUGGAGCCAAAAAUACAGAAGAUCGAGCAAAAGCAGGAAGACAAGAAUAGGAUAUCGACUGUGACGUCCUACAUUUGCAAAUUGCAUCCUCGUGCAGGCACGUUGUGCUACGACAAAUGUGUGGAGAAGGGGGUGAAGGAGGGUCCUCUGUUAGGUCAACUCAAAGCGGGAGUAGAUAUUACUCUUCCCGACGGCACAGUUGUUUUGAGCAAAGACGUUUGCUCGCCCGCAACGCCAGGUCCUACUUUUAUAGUUGUAGAAUGUCCAACAGAAGAUUACCUGGAAUCCUUUAUAAAUCACCCUGCCUUCGCACGACAUCAAACGGCGAAUGAAGACGAUAUACCAUACUGUGUUGUUCAUUUCACACCGCAGAAAGUGAUGGACGAUUCUCGCUACGUGAACUGGAUGAGUAAAUUUGGCCUUAAUACGCGUCAUAUAGUCGUGAAUGAGGAAAAUCAGUGCAUGGGCACCGAAGCAAUGCACAGGCAACAGCAUAAGCUCCAUAUGUUGCAUCCAGAGAUAUUCCCCUUUUUAAACGAGGAGAGUUUUCAAAAGAAGACGAGGGAAGAAGAUCUGCCUAUUAUACAUCGUCCCAGAACGCAUCAUACCGUCCACCUGCAGCCGCAUUUGAAAUUCGACACAGAGAACGAGGUAAUGCUGCAUCCGAAGGAAUACGUAGACGAAGUUUUCGAGAUUGACGGGAUUUUAGACGCGUUGGCGGAACUGCAGACAGAGAUUAGCACCCGAACGAAGACGCUACAUGUUGGCAAUGAGUACCCGAAGAUCGUCAUGCUGGGUACUGGCUCUAGCAUACCGAAUAAAGUCAGAAACACGAGCGGCAUACUCCUGCGAGUGGACCAAGACCAUAGUAUGCUACUAGAUUGUGGAGAGGGUACAUUCGGACAGAUAGUGAAAAUCUACGGAAAGUCGAAGACGCACAACAUCAUAAAAACGAUUAACGCAGUGUACGUAUCGCAUAUGCACGCGGAUCAUCAUAUUGGACUGAUCGGCUUGCUGAAGGAGAGAGCGAAGGUCACGGAAGAUCCUCUGUAUCUGUUCGCGCCAGGACAUAUCGCCGCGUUGUUGCAGAUGUAUCACAAACGUUUCGAGCCUAUCUUACAUCGAAUUACGCUGAUCUCGAACAGCGAAUUCUUUAUGAACGUACACAACCCGGAGUUAUACAAAUACAGGAGCAUGUACAAUACGCUGAACGUGCGAGCCGUGAAGACGAUGUACGUCAAGCAUUGUCCCUACUCGUAUGGCGUUUCCGUGACACUCCAUAAUGGAAAGAAAAUAGUGUAUAGCGGUGACACUAUGCCCUGUGAGAAUCUCGUGAAACUUGGCCGAGAUUGCGAUCUACUCAUUCACGAGGCGACAAUGGAAGAUGAUCUCGUGGAGGAAGCGAGAUUGAAGUUUCAUUCGACAGUCUCGCAGGCCAUACUGGCGGGCGAACAGAUGCGGUCGAAGUUCACGCUGUUAACGCACUUCAGUCAACGCUACUCGGUAAUACCUCACCUGCCGGAAAACGGCAAAAACGGCCUUAAACUCGAUAACGUCGGCAUUGCAUACGACAAUAUGCACAUCAGCCUGUCGCAGCUGCCGCUGUUGCCUUUGAUGUACCCGACGUUGAAGAUAAUGUUCAACAAGCAUUACUUAGAAAUAGAGGACCGAGCUGCUCGAAGACAACGAAUGGCAGCAGAAUAAAUAUUUUGUAUAAUAAAUUGUAAAUUAUCAUUACAA